AGUUCAUACUCAUGUGCUGUAAAAGCCGCGAGAGAGGUUGAAUCAUUUACGCGCAAAUGUACCUACGGAUGUGGUUGUGUCUACUGCUGAUCAGUUGUCUUGGUACUGACGCAGGCAAACGAAAAGGAAAGAAGACUGCGCAUUCUACCCGACCUCCGUACAUGGUCGACAGUCUUCUCCCUAAUGAAGACGACAAAGACGACGAUGCGAAGAUUGGGACAUCAAUCAGUGAUUUCUUUCCGUACAUCAUACCCAAAAAAACAAAGCUCUUACGUUUGCAGCCUUUGGCUACAAUGUACUACAAACCCGGUUACGCAACCUUCUAUAGAAAAUUCUACGCAGAUUUUGCCAUUCUUGUCCAUCCACCAAUGGAUUGCUUAGCAGUAUAUAUAUGCUUUAUGCGCCAAACAAACGCCACAAAAUCCGGCCUUUCGCGGAUAGAUAUUGAAAGUGCUUGUAAAGAUUCAAUUCGUAUAUCAACGAUGGAACAAAUUUUAUACCACGUAAAAGAAGGAAAAGCAAAACCAUACGUACUUCUAAAGGCUGAGCUCGACUUCAGACAGAAGAAAGGCAAUCCUGAUGUCUAUGAGUUGCAGGUAUGGACCGAUUUUGACCAUGAAGAUGUCAGUGAUGCUAAACAAGUUACGAUAGAAGUCCCAGGAAAAAAGAGGGACAUUCUUCUGCUUACAUCCAGCCCAUACUGUCAUGCCGUUCUUUUCAAUGACGAUGGCGCAGUGCCAGGCUCCAUCAUCCAAAUCGAGUCAAACACGGAUGCAAGCCAAUUCUACAGAAUAAUGGGAAGAGCUCAGUAUUUUCCGCACAUUCUUUCCCGAACGGCUGAAAAUUCUCGAUCUAAAACGUUAAAAUCCGAGAUUGUUAUUAACAUCAACAAAGCCGCUACAUCGCAAGCGGAAUGUUGCCCGAAGCUAAACGAAUUCACAGGAUACUUGAAUGAUGACGAAUGGCAAGAAAUCUCCGUUAGACCUAUAGCAAAUGAAUACACACUGGCAAAGGUAGGCUCACUUACAUUCCGAAUAAACUUCUCCAUAAUCAUCUCAUUUCGAAAUAUUGUGAAACGAUUGGAUCAUUCUUAUUUAGAGCAGAUCCAGAAUAUCAAGAGUCGUAAAAAAGUAGCUGACGCUUGA